CCCUGUCUCUGGCGGUUUGAAUUGGCAUCGCUGCUUCGUUUUUUUCUUCCCCUUUAUUUACUUGAAAGUCUUUUUAUAGUGAGUUUUCCACCGGCACCGGGUUUCCCAUUUCUGAUGAAUCGAAUCAUCUCCCCUGCACGCUCCCUUUGUGUUCGAUUUUUAAGGUAAUUUCAGUCGAUCUCUGAUAUCCCCUUGUUCUAUCCAGAACCCAGAACCCAUAACCCUUUUUUUUAAUCUCUAGGGUUUGGAAUUGAUUUUCUCUUGACCCCCUUGUUUUUUCAUUGGUUGGAUUUGUUUGUCAUUUGCCCUCGUUAGGGCUCGCCGUUUCCGUUUUGAUUUCUUUAAUUUCCUUGGCAUAUCUGGGUUCGUGUUUCGAUUCUGAAGGCGAUGUCUCAAGGUUAUGCAAUUGAGCUUUACUUCGAUCCGGCGCUCGAAAACCAGGUCCUCAAGGCCUGGAACGUAUUGGCCCGCCGCCAAAUCAGUACUCAGCUUAUCGAGAUAGAGUCUAGGCCUCACAUUACCCUCUUCUCCAGCCCUUUCAUUGACCCAUCAAAACUCGAGAACAUCUUGAAAAGUUUGGCUUCGAGGCAAGAACCUUUGGCCAUAUCCUUCUCCUCAAUUGGAAGCCUUCCGAAUGACAACAAUGUUCUGUUUCUUGCCCCCACGCCAUCACUGGCCCUUCUUCAAUUUCAUUUUCAAUUGUGUGAUGCGUUCAAGAAAGAAGGUAUUGAGAUUGCGGAGGAGUACCGCCCGGAUUCGUGGAUUCCUUAUUGCCCAGUUGCCGAAGAGGUGCCCAAGAGUCGAAUGGCCGAGGCAUUCACUGUUUUGCGAGAGUUAAAGUUGCCAGUUUCUGGGUAUGCAAUUGAUAUUGGACUGGUGGAGUUUUCGCCUGUUCGAGAAGUCUUCUCCUUUAUGCUUGGCGGCGUCCUAGAAGGAUGAGGUUCCAAAGUCAUUUUGCUGCUGUCCUUUCAAGUUAGAUUUGUGCUUUGAAUGCGUUCAUUUUGAUCACGUAGAAACCAAACACAGACCAGUACCAGUAGUUCUCGUUACACAGUAGUAAAGCAUUCUGCUUUAACUAUUGAAACAUUUCCUGUACUUAUUUUGGCUAGAUAAUACUCUGUUUACAGUGAAAUGUACUUCACUUCCAUGGAGAACUGCUUUAGAGAAUUACAUAUUUUUCUACUGUUUUCUAAGUAACAA